CUUCGACGAUGCUCCAUCCGCUCUGCUCGCUGCGCACAAGGUAACAACGGCAACUGGCACGGCCCCGGCACAUUUUCGAAAAGGCGAUUGCUCGGAUGUUGUUCGCUGUCCAACUUGAUUGAGACUUGAUUGGCCGCUGUCACUGCGCCUAUACCACCUAACCUCUCGGCCGGCCUAUACUGCACAUAUUACAUAUUGAUUGGGUCCAGCACCAGACAUAGCAGGCAUACCAGGCACACCAGGCACAGCAAGAGGUGUAGUGUAGUAGGAGGUAGUGUAAAUGACAGGUCUAUCCACCACCACCCUGGCUCUAUUGCCUCAUCCUCCCUCUCAUUCUUCCUCGUCCCCUUCCCCUCUCGCCCAUCACGACCAAGAUAGCAGCCGUCAAGCUCCUUUGGCCCAGAAAAUCCAACCGGGAUUGCUAGCGCCCACAUCAGCGCCCGCGCCAGAUCGACAACAUGUCGCCCGUGCUCCGCCAGAGCCCAUCCUGACUUUUUCGGAUCUGUCAUCAGACCUCCUUCAGCUCGAUUCCUUCGGCGGUUCCCUGCGACAGAACGGCUCGACUGCUAUCGACGGCACUGCUUGCUCUGAGACCAACGACAAAGCUACCCCCCCGACCGCUAAGUCCACCGCUCUCCAGCGUCGGAAACCGAGUCCCGGCUUAGCAGCGCGUCUCAAGGCCCUGGGUUUUGGUUCGGGGCCCAAGGACUCCUCCGACCCAUCACUUACCCCCUCGCCACAAGAACCUGUUGGCCGACUUCCCGAAGACCAGUUACGAACCCUCGACCUCAAUCAUCAACUCAACUCCACGGGAUUUGUCGUCGAGCGACGUGGCCGCCCGUGGAAGGGUGCAGGCGCCCCUCUGCAACUGCUGAGGUCGAGGUCGAGCCGUGAUUCUCUUCGGAAACAAGCCGAUGAAAAUAAGUUUGCGACCUCCCCCCAACAGGAAAACCACAGCUUAUCAUCUCAGCCGCAACUUCUUCCCGAGAUCUCCAAGUCUGCGCCACUAGAAAUGGACACUAACAAAUAUAUAUUGCCUGAUCACACCAACGGCAACGGCACCAAGGCGACGUUAGAAACGCGCCGCGAUCACCUUGAGCGAGAUGUGCGUGUGCCGAAGCUCGAUGAUCAAGAUCCGCCACCACCUCCACCCUUGCCGAAAGACACGCCGCCAGAGGGUACAGCCCCAGCCGAGUUCUCGCACAAUCUCCCUUCUUACUUCAAUCCUCUCGGACUGCAGCGGCCUGGAUCCAUUUACACGAUAUCCCGCGCCUCAUUUCACAACCAACUUGCUCAGCUGACGUCUUUAUCACUGCCCGAUGCCAGACACCUAUCUAGCAGAGUUGCCGCGAUACCAACUGCGCAGGCAGCCGCAAAAGCAUUGAUUGGUGCUGCUGAACAAAUCCGACAAUGGAUAGCCAAGGCCUCUGAGGUCAUAGAAGGACUCGACAGCGAGGAUGACGUUGAGUGGGCUGCGGCUGGUGGUAGGGAGGGUUACGAAGAGGUUGAAAAUGCUAUCACUAGGUUUGAGGAGCUGAUCAAUGUUUACGUCACCGCAAUUGAGGAUAUGCAGGGUCGCAGUGAUAUUGCUAGUGUUUCAAACGAUGACCUGCAGAAGGCUGUCACGCAGAUGGAAUUGAUCAUGGGUGACUGGACCAAGAUUCGCAAAACGCUUAACAAUGCCAAAGGUCAGGUGGAGACAGCUAUGGAAUGGGAAGAACUCUGGAACAUGGUUCUGGGCGACAUACAGAAUGAGAUGGAUGAUCUUAGCCGGCUUGUCUUCGAAAUGGAAGAAAGGCGGCAUAAAUCCAUUAUGGCCGUUUCGGGUGGUGAUGGGGUUGAUAUCGGUGACCUUGAAACCAUUGUCGAAGAAACGCCUCCCGCUGUUGUCCGUAACAACCGCUUCAGUGUACCAGCGUUUCCACUCAGUCCAAGCUCUCCAGGUACUCCAGUAUUAACCCAGGACGAUUCGAGUUUGCUCGCCCUGUUUGCUCGCAUGCAGCCACUCCGAGCUUCAUUGGACUUUUUACCUAUGAGGCUCUCCGUUUUCGAGGCAAGGGCGUCACAGACUUUCCCAACCGCAUGCGACGAGCUAGAGAUGAGGAAAGAAGGACUUGAAGCCAGCUACAGGAAGCUCGAGAAAGACGCAGACUCGUUGAGAAAGGAAUUAGGCGAAGACAAGUGGGUUCUUGUCUUCCGUGGUGCUGGCAGACAGGCGCAGAAACUCGUCGAGUCUGUAGAUCGUAGCAUGACGAAGCUACGAGAAAGUAUCGACCAGGGUCUCCAGUUUUCAAACCCACCUGUAAUGGGCAAGAAGAUUGAAAACUAUGAGGCGAAGAAGACACAUUAUGGGCCAGCCAUUGAACGUGUCCUUUCCAUCAUUGAUAAAGGCGUUAAGGAUAGGCUUACUGUCAAUGGUGAGAUCUUACGAUUUCAUGCCGAGAUACAAUCCCGAUGGGAGGAGCUGAAGGGCCAAAUGAAAGACCUAGACGGCGUGUUGGAGGAGAUACAGGCUGAUAGGCGCAACCAACAACUGCGAGACUCGAUUUCAAGCAUGCUUUCGAAUGACAGAUCUACAGUUGGUAGUGGUAAUGAGACCCCGGGUAGCUCCCCGCCCUCAUCAGUCGUCAUGUCCAGCCUCGGGCUUGAGCCUGUCACCCCUAUUCCUAAGAACAAAAGCCGCUCUGGUAGCACCAAUAGCAGUAUCCCCCAGCCCUCUUCAUCGCGGAGGAGCAGUUCGACACUCGCUCCUCAUUCACGGCGCACCCCAGGAUCAAGGCUCUCGGUGCUGUCCAAUUCUUCCAAUCUUUCACCCCCGGUUCGUAGUGGCUCUGCAACACCCCUCGGAAGUCGCCUACAAAAGUCCACCUCGAGCGUCGCGGAUAAUCGACCGCGUUGGAAUUCAUCUACCAAUACUCGAGACUCCGAUGUCGGUCAUAACUUUAAACCUCUGACUCUCACUACUCCGAGCCCAUACACAAAGAGAUCUCCUACCCCUGUCCGCUCCAUCUCGGCGCUUAGUCCGGGGUCACGGGAGUCUAGAUUACCACUACGAAGUCCCCUUUCACGAGGAGCGUCUGCUUCUCCCGCUCCUGAUAGCACGCCAUCUAAAUCGAACGUUUAUUCACCGCUCUCCUUCCGAGAGCGAGUUGCGGCGGCCUCUCCUAGCCAGAAUUCUCCACAGAUAUUACCGGCACCAAAACAGCGGCUGACGUCAAAAGCAUCCGCCAGUGUACUAGACAACCGAAGGGCUUCGUUCCAUCCACCCAGAGCACUUGGUGGCCCCGCCGAUAUCAAACGGAGGGCAGCCAGUUCACUCUCGACGACGGCAAGACGUACAAGUCUCCUUCCAGUUCCUAAGUCAAGUACAAGUAACGAUGUUACUGGCCGUGUAAGUGCGACAGGAUCACGUAAGAGCAAUGGCGGGACGGACGAUGGCAAGCCUCGCUGGCGUUAUUGAGCUAGAUAAGUCCAAUUAGGUGCGCCAUAUCUUUGAUUCUACAUAGCACGAGCCUGCAAGCCAGUCUUGAGCCUCUCAAUUCGUUUCGAAGAACCUGAACAAUAAUACCCGUUUUCGUCUCAGCUUUUACUGUAGCCAUAUGGCCGUCCAACACAACGGCCUUAACUCUCCAUGCCGCACAUCCUAUUUCCCUUACUAUCCAUACUUGU